AUGAAAGCUAUUCUUCGCGGUUUUGAAAUGGUAUUCGUCCUCAAAGUAAACUUUCAUAAAAGUAAGCUUUACGGAAUUGGUGUGGGAGACUGGUUAAUGGAAACGACGUCGAAUUUUCUGGCUUGUGACAUAGAGGAGAUACCUUUCAAGUUCCUAGGAGUUAAGGUGCAAGGAAAUCCGAGGAAGUCGGCAAUGUGGGGAGACGUCAUAUCUCACGUUAAAUCGAAACUGGAGGUUUGGAGGGGAAGAAGGCUAUCUCAUGUGGGAAGAGUGGUGAUGAUCAAUUCAGUUCUGAAUGUAAUUCCCACAUAUACGCUAUCCUUCUACAGAGUGCCCAAAAAGGUCUUGCAAAGAUUGUGUCAACUACAAGGAAAUUUUCUAUGGAACCGGAAGGAAAACUCCAGAGCGAUUCACUGGGCCAGUUGGAAAACGGUUUGCAAGACUAAAGAACAAGGAGGAUUGGGAGUGAAGGACAUCGAAGUCAUGAACAUGGCUUUGUUAAACAAGUGGAAAUGGAGGAUUCUUAAGGAAUCUGACAAACCGUGGGUGAAUAUCCUAAACAGUCGUUACGACAAUAUCAAGGUCAAGGUCCUGGAAGGUGAUGCUUUUGUUUUAUCUAGUAGAUAUUCUAUAUGGUGGAGAGAUCUUAUAAAUUGUGAGCUCGAUCUUCCGACUGGUUUUUGUAAAUUUGCAGGCAUUAUUAAUUGUUCAGUCGAAAAUGGAGGUGACACAGCUCUGUGGCAGGCGAGAUGGGUCUGUGACCAAUCUCUUAGUGAAGCUUUUACAGAAAUUCAUGAAAGGGUGAUAGACAAGAAUACCAGCAUAGCUUCAGCCGGAGUGUGGGAAGGUUAUGAAUGA